UUUUUUCGCGUUUCAAGGAUAUUUUCGUCAAUUUUAUUUUCUAUAUCUGUACCAGUGUUAAUCACAGCCUCCGUGCAAUCUAAAUUUCGACCUUUUGACUGUAAUCUCCAAAAAGAAAACCUUGCGGAGUCUCUCUGUCUCUUCGAAGCUUAAGGAUUCGAGCAAUUUGUAGUUGGUUCUUUUGUUUUCUUCAUUCGGGGUUUGAAUUAUUUCUGCUUUCUUCAUUUCUAUUUGAUGUAAUAUUCAAUUUUUGAGUCCUGGAAAGAAUUUGACGAAAUUCCAAAAGGGAAAAAAGAAACCCAAGGUUGUUUUGGAGGGGGGUUACAAAAAAAAGUGGACCGUGGCGAUUUGCAGUGAAGAAGGAACAGUAUGCGGUGGUGGUUGAGUCUUUCUGUUGAUGUGUUUCGAAAAGUUAUCUCCUUGAACUUGUAUUGUAGAGUGAUUCUGUAAUUCCGCAAUCUAGACCGGCAAGACCCCUCCUUUUUUUACUUUAUAGUCUUACUAUUCUAUCUUCAAUGGGAUCCACUUUUUUCAUUGUCGUUCCAUGUUAUGUCCGCCAGAUUAGCUGAACACCUUCAAACCCAUUUCUCAAACUUCUAAUCCAAUAGUUAUCAUUUGUCUUUGGUAGGUCUUGUUCUUUUAGUAGUAGUUCAAUUUUUAUUAAUCUGGAUUACGGAUUAGGGGUUGUGGAUACGUUUUCGUCUGGAAGAUCCUUUUUUUUUUGUAUCAUAUUGAAGGGUUGGGACGUAGUUAUGGUGUGCCAAGCAGCGACCCAAACAAGAUUCCGGGCAUUGAAGUACGAAAAUGGUAUUGCGGGGAGUGCCACCAUUGUAGUUAGAGUUAUAGCAUGCUUUCAACCUCUUCAGGAUUGCCAGGCUGAAUAUUUCCGUCAUUUGCUUAAGCCCGUUACGUAGAUUGGUUUUACAUUUCCGUGUUCAAGUUAAGCUGGAGUUUUUAGUUUUUUCCCUUGUUUUUGAGAGUAACUGCAAGCAAACUGCUAUUUCUACCGCCACAGCAUCUGAAUUCUGGUGAUUGUUCUGGUUGGAUGGGAGAAGGCUGUGGAUCCUGGUUUCCUCAACAGCAAUUUGAUUGGCAAUCACCCAACUUGAAUUCUUUGGCUGCUCCACAUCCUUUGGGGCAGCCAAGUACUAAUCCUCAAUUCAUAAACUCUGGCACUAAUAUGGUCUUCUCCCCUGAGACUUUGCCGGUUUAUGGACAUCCUGAAUUACCUCACUUGCGGGUUGGCCAAGUUAAUGAAUCCCGUGGUUGGUUUUAUUGUUUACCCCACUUUCGACAGGUCUUUGCACCUACUUCAAACUCUUUCUUGAAAGAGCAACACCGAGCUAACCCUUAUGAGACUCGUUUGGAAAACGUUAUUCCCAAGGCAGGGUCUGGCUGUGCUCAGAAGAGAUUCCUUGUUUUUGAUCAAUCUGGUGAUCAAACUACCCUGAUCUUUAGUUCUGCUUUUGGGACUCCUAUUAAGUGCACUUCUUGGGGUCCAAAAUCGCCUCCUGCUUGUAACUUUAAUGGGGAGAAUCCUAUAGUUAAAGUAAACCCGAAUUUUCACAAAGGACUAAUAUCUACAGAUGUGGUUGAUGACAAUGGGACUGAUGUGCAAAGUGAAAUGCGCGAGGACACUGAAGAACUCAAUGCCUUGCUUUACUCAGAUGAUGAUAGUGAUUAUACUGAUGAUGAUGAAGUUACGAGCACAGGUCAUUCACCUAGUACAAUGACAGCUCACUAUGAGCAGUUUGAGGGAGGCGCUGAAGAGGUUGCUAGCUCUACUGGUACAACUAAAAAGCGAAAACUGUUUGAUGGCAGUAAUGAUUAUGUGCCAUUGAUUAAGGGCAAUGCUAGUUCAGUGAAUCCUAACAGAUGUUCCGAUUAUGAGGAUGAUGCAGAUUCCCUCUGUGGCAAUGGCCAAAAUCCUGGAUCUGGAGCUAUGUAUUCAUCUUCGGGCAACAAGAAAGUGAGAAAGGAUAAAAUUUGUGAGACUCUGAGUGUUUUGCGAAGCAUAAUUCCAGAUGGAGAGGGCAAGGAUGCAAUUGUGGUUCUUGAUGAAGCCAUUGAUUACCUGAAAUCCCUGAAACUCAAAGCCAAAACAAUGGAACUUAGUACUUUAUGAGUUGCCACUGUUCUUAUUAGUGGUGUUAGAGGUGGCAUGGCAUCUGUUAUUACUAGUCAUUGUUAAUGGAGCUUGUUAAAUAAAGAAGUUUAUGGAGUCGUGCAUGGAGUUGCAUAUGUCGCAUAUAAUUUGGAGUCUUCCAACGGAGGAGUUGAUAAUCAGAAGAUAGUGGGGAGAGCUUGAACCCCCUUCUUAAGUCUUUCUUCAAUGAUGCGAGUUGGAAAUUAGUAGCUUUGGCUUGAAAUCUCUAUUUUCUAGAGAAAGCAGGAUAGUUUUCUGUAUAUAUUUGUCCCAAUAAAGAAUGGUGAAUCAUUAAUA